AUGAAUUCGACGGAUAAUGCUACUGGAUGUAAGGUUAACAAGUACACCUACGAUUCGGUGAAAUGUCGACCGAGGGUUCAGUUCGGUAGCUAUCGCUUCGUUAGUGUCAGCAGGAACUUCAAAAUUCCAGAAUUCAAGCGUUGCAACGGAAAGCACCUUUCUUAUCAAGAAUGUGCUACUAUGAACCCAAAUAUAGAACUUUCACAAUCCAAUGACGAUGUUACCGUGGAGUCAACUCUUUUGCAAGCACCGCUAACAGCUAUCGAAGAAACGGAUGAUGUUGAGGUGGUUAGUUUUAUCAAAUCCUUUGGAAGAGUGCAGUUUGAUAUCAGGAUGCCGAAAUUCCGUAGAAAAAAACACCUUCAGUUAUAG